AUGAGGGUCCGUAUUAGAGGCCCUUCUGGCAAGUCCAGCACAGUCAGUCUCGACGAGUCCGCUACCGUAGAGACGCUUCGGACAACCAUCCAGGCCGAAACAUCAGUAUCUUCCUUCGAGAUAAAAUAUGGCUACCCUCCAAAAACCCUACCGCUCGAUCAACUGGCCUCUACAACGCUCCUUUCAGAGCUCGAUAUCAAAUUGAAUGGCGAACAGCUGAUCGUUAAUGAGAUUAAACCACUAAGCCGGAAGGGUGAGACUCAUCCUCCGGCGUCAGAUCCACUCAAAGGCGCCUCCAGCGUAAGAGAUUCCUCAAGACACCCGGGCGCUGCAUCAAAAGCCUUCCCCAGCACAUCAAACGCAACGUCCAAAUCUCAAGAAGCCUCGGUAACGCCAUUGUCAUUGUCACGAAAGCAGAACCCCGAAAUGGCAGACCCACCUGAGGUCUGGUGUCCGGAUCUACAGGGCACCUUGGUCUUACGCAUUAUGCCAGAUGACAAUUCGUGUCUUUUUAGAGCCGUUGCCAGUGCCGUCCUGUCAGAUAUGGACGCAGUCACGGAACUACGGUCGAUCAUUGCCCAGAAUAUUCAAGCCAAUCCUGAAAAGUACACCAAGGCUAUUCUAGACAAUAAAGAACCCGAUGCAUAUUGCCGGUGGAUCCAGACUGAGGACGCCUGGGGGGGCCAAAUCGAACUUGACAUUCUCAGCCGACAAUUCGAUAUUGAAAUCUGCAGUAUCGAUGUGCAGAGCUUGCGAGUGGACAGGUACAAUGAAGAUGCACCGAACCGUUGCUUUAUUGUUUAUUCUGGCAUUCAUUACGAUACAAUCGCUCUAAGUGUCCAUGGUGAACCACCAGAGGCAGAUGUCAAGCAGUUCGUCCAGCCACUUUCAGACGAGGUCCUUCCACAUGCCAUUGCUUUAUGCCAGAAACUACAGGCCAAACACUACUACACCGACACUGCUGGGUUCCAACUCCGAUGUAACGAUUGUGGAGUGACGUGUACUGGAGAAGCUGGGGCAAUGAAACAUGCAGAACAGACAGGGCAUAUGAACUUUGGAGAAGCUUCUUAG